AUUGGAUCUGAUUCUUCUUCAAACACAUACUUUUACCUUAUUGUAUUGUCCAUGUAUACACUUCCAGACAUCAAAGAGGUGACAAACCUAUCACACGAAAAACAGAGUCAGCUUUUGGACAACUUGUUCGAACCCUGUCCCACGCUAACAGCUAUUUUAUUGCAGACGGUGCUUGCGACCUCAACUCCAUUUUCUUCCUACAAGCAGCUCAUUGAAACUAGCAGGACACAGCUCUUGGAGUACUUACGGUCUUCUGAACAGGAAUCCGAAAAAACGGGAGAAAUAAGACCCGAAAUAGCCAAAAUCAUAUCUGCCCAUCCUCGCCUUGGAGGUGCUAAAAAGAGCAAAAAAUCGUUACAGGGAAGCCAGGAGGAGACAGAGAUGCUUGCAAAAUUGAACGCACAAUACGAGGAAGCGUUUCCAGGGCUUCGGUAUGUUGUUUUUGUGAAUGGUAGAUCAAGGCAAGUGAUCAUGGACAAUAUGAGACAGAGAAUUGCUCGUGGCGACAUUCGAACAGAGAGAAGAGAGGCAUUCGAUGCCAUGUGCGACAUUGCCUUGGAUCGGGCGCUGAAGUUGGGUGCUAAGUUAUAGAUAGAUAUCAGUUAAUACAUAUGAAGA